AUGCCCAUACAUCACGCCGCGCGGUCCGGUCCGUGCCAGGUCAACGCGGAGGCAGUGCAGCACUCCUCGCGCGGGAUCGGACUCGAGCUCGUCCGCCAGCUCGUCUCGGACCCAUCGAACGUCGUCGUCGCGAUGUGCCGCGACCCCGCACGGGCGUCGAAGCUAAGUGCGCUGAAGGCUGCCGCGCCAGGGCAGCUGUACGUCGUGGCGCUGGACGUAGGGAGCGAGGCGAGUAUCCGGGGAAGUGUCGCGGAGGUGGAGGGGAUCCUUGGGUCGAAGGGGCUGGACUACCUGUACAACAACGCUGCGAUCACAGACGGAGGGCGACGACUCGGCGUUCGAUUUCUCGUACGACGGAUUGUUGGACACGCUCCGGCGAACGUGGCGGGGCCGGCGUUGAUGGGGACGGUGUACCUGCCGCUGCUGGAGAAGGGGCGGAGGAAGGUGAUCGUGAACAUGACAAGCGGGCUGGCGAGCAUCGGGCUGGACUUUGGGGCGAAGAACGCGAUGUACAGUAUCAGCAAGACGGCGCUGAACAUGCUUGUGCGCAUACAAGCAGGCAAAGACGCGGCGGACUUGAUCGCGUACGUUGUGGACCCAGGGUCAAGACAGGUGGAAGAGUCGGUGGAGAGGCUGAUCAGGCUAGCGACGACGGCGACGGCGGAGAGCUCGGGCAGGUUCUUGAGGCACGACGGCGAGCAGGUGCCCUGGUAG